UGCUGCUGCUGUCUGUCUGCAACUCUCUGCUCACAUCUUUAAUGCUGGAAGAAACAAAUCUCUCCCAGGCUGUGCGAGACAGACAGACAGACGGACGAGAGACACCCCCGCAUAGUUUCCGUCAGCCGGGUGACGUCUCCGCCUCUCAGCCUGUGUGCAGUGUGACGUUACGGGGCUGUAGUGGAACCUCUAGCUGCAUCUUGUUGACGGUCCGCCACCGCCAGGCUUUUCCAGUACCGAGAGGACCACGGGCGAGAGAGGACGACCGACACACAGCGUUCAGGAAGCGGAUCAGAACAUAGAGAACUUCCGUCACCAUCAUGCAUGUGUCUAACUACCAGAAGAUUUGCGUCAUUUGAAAAGACUUAAGGAGAAAAAAAAGACUCAUAGGAAUACAAGAACUCAGUCAGCAGACAGAAACGACAAUAACCCACUGCUUAGACAUGGCCAGCACCCAGACCAGUUUGAAAACCCCUUUCAAAGACUUGACCUCAUUCAAGGGCAGCAUGAAACGGCUGUUCAGAGAGCGUCUGGAAGACGCGCCCAUCAAGAAGCGAGUGAUGGCGGAGAUCAACCUGAAGCGUUGCAGCUUGGAUUCCUUCCCCAAAACUCCCAAGGUGAAGAGGGAGCAGAUGGAGGAUCUGUGCCACGACUCUGACAUGGAUGUGGAGGGCCGGGCUGAACUGCAUGUGGUGGGCUCUGCUAAAGCUCUGGACCUGAGCCCUGGGCUCAAACACACACUGGCACAGUUCACCCUCAGCAGCCAGAGCUCCCUCGGGGGCCCAGCUGCCUUCUCAGCCCGCACCGGCCACGAGCAUUCCCCAGCUGGCAUGCCCCCCUUGCCCUCCCCUCCUGUUCUGGGAGGGGGCCCGCUGCUGGUUCCCUGUGACAGCUCCACCGAACUCACCCACUCGCUGCUGGAAGGAGAGUCUAUCUCCUGCUUCGUUGUUGGGGGAGAGAAGCGGCUUUGCCUGCCCCAGGUGCUCAACUCUGUGCUCCGCGACUUCUCGCUGCAGCAGAUCAACACUGUGUGCGACGAGCUCUACGUCUACUGCUCACGUUGCGACGCUGAGCAGCUGCAUAUCCUUAAGGUGCUGGGCAUUCUGCCGUUCAACGCACCUUCUUGUGGCCUCAUUACAUUGACGGAUGCACAACGGUUGUGCAACGCACUGCUGCGUCCUGGGGCGGCCUUGCCUGCCGAUCCCAGUGGUAAGCUGUCGACCCAGGGCCUGCUGAAAGAGAGCGAAGCCAGCUUCCAGGUGGAGCACCAGUGUCUGGGGAAGUGCCAGGGUCUCUUUGUGCCCCAGUUCUACACCCAGCCGGAGGCGCCCUGCAUCCAGUGCGUUGAGUGCCAGUUGCUCUUUUCACCACAGAAGUUUGUCAUGCAUUCUCACAAGUCACCUGAUAAGAGGACCUGCCACUGGGGCUUUGACUCAGCCAAGUGGCCCUGCUACCUGCAGCUUUCCAGGAAGUACCAAGGCACGCCCGAUGAGCCAAAACUCAAGCAGCUCCUGGACGAGGUCAAAGAGAAGUUCCACUACAAGCUCAAAAGGUCGCUAGACAAAAAGGCAGUGGAGGACGAGGAGAGCCAGGUGAGGAAAUCCUCGGCAGAUCUCUGCCUCCCCAGCAGCAAGUUGGCCGACGCCGACCCUGCGAGAAAGGGGAAAACAUCUCCACCUACUGUGGUGUUCAACCGUCUUUUCUCGGACAUCAAGGAGGAGCCAGGACACCCCACACUGGUCCAUCCCAGUUACUACCUGUACACAUACGAUAAGAUGGUGGCUCCCAACGUGUCUCUGCAGAGGGAGGCAGAGAUGAGCCCUGAGAUGUUCGGAGCGCUGCUUAAACACCACUACAGCCGCAGAGUGCUGGGCCACGACGAGCCACCCAUGGAUCUUCAUGCGUCGCCUCCCGUCACUGCUGGUGCCGAGGAGGCCAAAUCCCAACGUGCCACUGCUGCCUCGGCCACCGAGCGGGAAUGCCAAACCCAGGCAGUUUCCAUGGAGACAAGCAGCCCGAGCUGCAAGAAAGCCACCCACAACCCCACCCACACUCCUCCUCCUCCUCCUGCGUCGUUGUUGUCGCCGGGAACGGAAGUAGUGGCUAAGGACAUGGGCUCGGUCACAAGCAGCGCUGCAGUGGUGGUGGGGGGGCAGGAGGACGACAAGGACAGGAUUGUUGUGGAGAUCAUGCAGAUGUACAGCAAGCAGCAGGAGAAGCUCAACUCCACCUUGCACAAGCAGCUGCAGCUGGAAAUGGAGCUGGAGGCGAUGCGCGGGGGCGAGGCGGCGAGGCUACGGGAGCUGAGCGCAGAGCAGCGGGAGCUGCGCUGCGAGCUGGAGGCGGUGCACAGCGAGCAGGCGCGGCAGCUCAGCCAGGCCCGCCAGGAACAGCUGGAGCUGGAGACCCGGCUGGAGCAGCUCCGACAGCAGGCCUGCGCCUGCGAGCCAGGGGCACAACGCCAGCAAGAGGCCCACUACACUGCACAGUUGUCAGAGCUGCGUCAGAGGCUGGAGCAGGCGGAGGCGGACCGGGAGGAGUUGCAGGAGGAGCUGCGCAGGGAGCGGGAGGCACGGGAAAAGCUUGAGCGCACAAUCACCCAGCUCAAGCAGCAGAUGGCCCAGUCUGGCACGGUGGGAGGUAGCCCCUCUCCUCCUCUUACCCCUUCCACUGUACCCCCUAACGCCCACUCCCCACCCUCCUCCUCCUCUUCCUCCUUCUCAGAGGCCCCAGUGACUGGCCAAAAGUAACUGCCACCCCUCUAGGCACCUCCCUCCCUCAUUCCUCUCCCCAAUCACCCACCAACUCUACAGACAAACAAAUCAGCCUGAAGCAGAAAGGAGCUUCACAUCUCCUCAGCCUGUUUUUAAGUCGUGCAUCUCACCCUCCCCUCUUAUUUCAGUGUAGGACGGACUUUUCUUUUUGUAAUUUAACAUCACUUAAAAGAAAAGUUUUAUGUUGUGUUUUUAUUAUUCUUUAUUUUGCUCCCCUCUCCUUUCUUUAAACAGUAUUUAAAGAUUUUUUUGGCAUGUAUGUUUUGAUUUAAUUUAUAAUUUUUAUUGAACAAACAGCUGCUUCACAGACAGGAGUUUGGUCAAGUAGAGACCAACUCAACCCAUCACUGUUUUGUUUUUUUCUCCCCCACAAUUGUCACCCUCCUCUCCCAUCCCUUCUUGCUCUCUCUGGAUUGUGAAGCUAAUGACUUGGAGAUUUCAGACUUCAGCUCCGACACACAGACUCCUCUCAGCCUCACGGACAUCUCUCCAUGCUACUACCUGGCACGACAGCCAGUGCCCACGGACACAUAAUGGCGCCUGGUUUGCGUGCCCCUUCUCUGUCUCUCUGUAUGUACAGCCCAAAUGCUCAAGUACCAGCGACUGCAGGAAACUGCAUGGACAUUUCAAUAUAGUUGAAAUGUCCUAUUGCUCCUUAUAAAACACAGAAAGAAAAGUCUAACAACAUGUUAAAACAUCAAAUCUAUAUGGAGGAGAAAGACCUUUACUGUACAAAAAAAAAACAGAUGUCGCAAAACCUCAUGAAAAUAUGCCAAUAGUGACGCUGAACUUGAAAUGAGUGUUUUGAGUGUGACCCCCACAAGGUAGCUAGCUAGCAAAUCGUCUGGCCUGGACCCCAGCUGUUCCUAACACAGACUAGUUGUCCUCCUCACUCUGCUGGGCAGCACCUGUUGUAGACCAAACAGUCUGUCGGUUGAUCCACCAGCUGCCCAGUGUCUCCUCUAACCUGCUACCCCCCCAGGAGGCCUUGAACCUUCCACCGCUGUACGCUAGCGCCAUUGCCCUCUGCUGGGAAACUGCUAAACACUGUUAUUUUACACCCACUUUGGGCUAGACAGGAAACACUGUGCUGUUUCCGGCUUGGCAUGAAGAAGCUCACAAAUAGUGUUAUGCACUUAACACGCUCUCCUCCCCCAGAAUCCCCUGGGAAAGGAAUGUGUCUGGACAUGGGGGCUGAUUGAGCCAGUGUAGCUUUUCUAAGAAAGAAGAAAGGCAGAGUCUCACAUGUGCGGUAGCUGUACUGUGUUACCAUAAUACAUACGACAUCCUUGCAUGCCCGCACACACUCGAGUGUGACAGUGCAGUCCAGGCAUUCAGGCAGAACAAUGGUCCCAGCGUUACUGGCAGAUGAUCAAAGCUCCAGUCUGUCCCUGUUUUCUGGACUUUCUUUUUUUGUAUCAUUUGACUUCAUUGUUAGCAGACGGGUUUAUCCCCACCCUGUUUGUUAGAGGGUCAGUUAAGAAUGUGGGUCGCAGGUGAAAGCAGUUAGUCCAGGGUUUGGGCCUCAGGUCUGGCCCCUGCUUCACGUUAUUCUGCCUGGCUGAACAAACAGCACCGGGCAGGGAGAGGAAGCGAGGGGAGGCGAGGAUUGAGGGGAGCGCUUGGGGGACUGGUACACUCUUCCCCGCGGCAGGCUGGGUGGCCCAGACGCCGGAGGUACAGAGGGAACGCUUUUUGUUUUGUGCCGUCAGAAUGGGGGCAGCUGUUGUUGUCUGGGGGCCUCUGCCCACCCUCGGGCGAAACUGUACAGGAUCCCCACAUCUCUCAACAACCUCCCUCCCUCCUCCUCUCCCACAAAACAGCCGUCACUCACUCACACAUACCCGUCCAUCCAUCUCCAGUGCCAGAUCAGCUGGGGGUGUGCAGUGUUUUGUAGAUGCCCAGGAGAGCGAGCCGACAUCCAGCCAGAGGAAAAAAGGACUUUUAUUGUGUCAGUUGCCAGGCGAAAGCGCUUUUUAUUGCCACUAAGGAGAUCCCUGUAAGCAAGUGUGUGUGUGUGUGUGUGUGUGUGUGUGUGUGUGUGUAAAUAAUUGUUUAAAAAGAGAAGGGGAUCGGCCUCAGCUAACCGCUGAGCUUUUUUUAUGCAUCUGCUAUAAAUGCAAAUUGAUAAGACAUUCCACUGUGCUCCAUCCUGUUCAAUGCAGAUUUUCUUACACAGCUUCCCUUUACAAUAACAGAUCUUAAAGACUGGGCAGAGUACAGUUGUGGUUUGUUGAUUGUCAUAAAAGCAGGUGCAGGUGCAAGCCAGUAAAAUCAAACUCAUGCCGCAAAUGUACACUCUACUGUUGUUCCAUUUAAACCUUUAUUGAAAUUAUGAAAGAAAAUAUUUAACGUAUUAACUAAAGAUUUAUAUUCACUUUGUAAAUACAGUAGUCAUUAAUAUAUUAACUGUUCUUAUAUGAAAAAUCUUCAAAAGGUUAUAAAUUGGACCCGAACUAAGGCUUCAGAUGUUUUUGCUUUCUUUUUUAAAAAAAGUGAUCUUUGCAGAUAUCAGAACUUGGCUUUUGUCGAGUGGAUGUGGGGGAGUGAAACGCAUGGUUUAUUGAGACAUGAUGCAGGACAAAGGCAAAAUAGGAAAAAAAAAACUUUGUUAUACACUUUUCCCCCUUUUCUGAACUGAUGCAUUUGUUUUUUGUGCAUUUCAUCUUGACGGACUGUUUAAUGUAAUGUAAUGAGCUUUUCCCUCUUUGUUAACCCCCCACCCCCAUUAAAAACAGAACAUUUGUGCAUUUUUGGAAAAUAGAAAACAAACUAAAAAUGAUUUUUUUUGCAUGUUUUGCUGCCCCAUAUGUUUUGUCACCGGACCACUCUAUCUAUCUGUUCAAAAAAAAGAAAAGAAAGAUGUUUCCUUCCACAUAAUGCACAAACUAUUGAGAUGGCUCAUAUGCAUGAACACUGAACAUGUGCAAGUUUUAUAUCAUUAUUGGUUUAGAGGUUGGCUAAAUAUAAAGUUAGAUAAUGAAGAACAUAAAAUGUAGCCUAGUUUAAUUUGGAAAUUAUGUGUGUGUGUGUGUGAGAGAGAGAGAGAGAGAGAGAGAGUGAGUGUGUGUUUUGGCCUCCCAUGUCUGACUGAAGCACAGCAGCUAUAUAAAGGGAAAGAGAAAAACUUGCUCAUGUAGCUCUGAAUGUGUUAUGUUUUCUGAUUCUGAUCAUAUAUCCUUGUCUGGAUGUGUUAUCACUCAAAAGAUAAUCAGUAUUCGUUUUUAUUGACUUAAUUACCUCUUCAGCAGAAUAAAAAAAACAAAAACAAAAAAAAAUCAUUUUAACUCAUCACAUUAGCAGAUAACGAAUCGGUUAUCGCUGUAAUCUUACUUUCUGUGUAAUUUGCAUUUUAUACACAAGGGGGCGUUGUUUAGCUUAUUUUUAUUAAACACCAUAAUGGAAAAAAGGACUAAAUGUAAAUGAAAGGGGAGAAAACUCCCUUGUAACACGGUGUGCUGGGCCUUUUUGCUUUUUGGAGUGUUAUGAGAACUUGGAUAUGCUUUGUACACAGAAUAUUUACAGGUGUGAAGUUUGCCCAACUGACAAAAACAAGAUGAAAGGAGUGGAGCUGUACCGUGUGGACACAUUUGAAUACAGGAUUUAUAUACCCAUUGCCUCCUGACUAUGUGAAGAAAACUAGUAAACAAAUCCAAGGUGACCUUUGAACUGUUUCAGGUGGUAUGCUUUGUAGUUGGGUGCACAACUUUCAGCCAGUAAUUAUUCUAUGCCAGUGUGGGAGAAGUAGGAAGUAGGGCUGCAUUGGUGAUUGAUAACACAGGUCACUGGUUACUAAAAAUAGGUACACCAUGUUUUAAUUUAUACACAUCCUGCUAUAGAUUAAAAAAAUAUUCAUGGCUUAGCUAAAAAGAACCCCUUUUCCUCCUCAGUGCUGUUCUGAAACAUGAAACACAGUGUCUGUGUAUGACCAUUGCAUACUACGUUGCCAAUACUACAGUGUAAUGAGACUUUUGUUCUUGCAUGAAUCGAGACACUGUUCUCCUACCUCAUGUUGUGAUAUAAAAAGAUGUUUUUUAAGCAGAAGACACUGCAUCUCUAACUGUUUAUCAUUGAUAUUUACUAGUAAAUUACAUACCUGUAAAUGCUUUUAGCUAAUACCUCAGUUGUAUCUAGUGUUUCUUUUUCUUUCUGUUUUUGCCCUUCCCUGAUUUCAGAUCUUGUAAAUAUACCCUGUAUAGACAAUGAACUUGGAUCAAAUUCAAGUAAAGUUCUGUAGUGUCAAA